AUGGCAUCAGAUCCAGGGUUACUGCCUCUCUUACUGUGGACUAUAUCCAUACAGACACUUGGCUCCAGAGGCACCAGCAACAACGAAGUGAGUCUCCUCGACACAUCCACAAUAUCAGGAGACUGGGGCUGGCUGACGUAUCCUUCUCACGGGUGGGAUGCUAUCAAUGAAAUGGAUGAGUAUUUCAGCCCCAUACACACAUACCAGGUGUGCAACGUCAUGAGCCCCAGCCAGAAUAACUGGCUACGAACCAACUGGAUCCAACGAGACGGCGCAAGGCGUAUCUACAUUGAGAUCAAAUUUACACUGCGCGACUGCAACAGCAUGCCAGGAGUGCUGGGUACCUGCAAAGAGACUUUCAACCUUUACUACUACGAGAUUGAUCGGGACAUUGGGACCAACAUUUGGGAGAGCCAGUUUACCAAGAUUGACACCAUCGCGGCUGAUGAGAGCUUCACCAGCGUGGAUCUGGGAGUUCGGAGGCUGAAGCUGAAUACAGAGGUGCGAGGUGUGGGGCCUCUCACAAAGCGUGGCUUCUACUUGGCUUUCCAGGACAUUGGCGCCUGUAUUGCCAUAGUGUCUGUUCGUGUCUAUUACAAGCGUUGCUCUGGCAUGGCGCGUAACCUGGCCGUAUUCACUGAUGUGGUGACGGGUGCUGACUCCUCUUCAUUGGUGGAAGUCAGGGGGCAGUGCGUGGACCAUGCAGAGGAGAGGGACACGCCCAAAAUGUACUGCAGUGCAGAAGGCGAAUGGCUGGUUCCUAUUGGCAGGUGUGUGUGCAGUGCUGGGUUCGAGGAGCAUAGGGAGUCCUGCAUAGCUUGCGAGGUUGGCUACUAUAAACCAUCUGCCGGAGACCAGCUCUGCGCUAAAUGUCCUCUCCACAGUCACUCAGAGACCAGAGCAGCCCUCUUCUGCCCCUGUGAUGCCAACUACUACCGGUCAUCCAACGACCCUCCCGCAGCUCCCUGCACUAGGCCUCCAUCAGCUCCAGUCAAUGUGAUCUCAUCAGUAAACGGGACCUCUGUUAGUCUGGAAUGGGGCUCUCCCUUAGACACUGGUGGCCGUGCCGAUAUCAUCUAUGAUGUGCUGUGCCAGAGGUGUACCAGUGAUGGAGGGCAAUGUGAGGACUGCAGUGUGGGCACCACUGGAAAUGUAGCAGUCAAUAUCAACGGAGGAACUAGUGGUACUGCUGGUAUACUUGGAAAUGUAGGCGGGAAUGUUGGUGGCACUGGAACUGGGGCUGGUUCUGGCCAAGGGGGAGGAAGCAAUGUCGUUGCACGGACAGGGGCGGCUCCUGUUCGAUUCAUCCCCCAGCAAAGAGGUCUGACAGAGCCAUGGGUCACUGUGUUGAACCUCAUAGCACAUUCCAACUAUACCUUCCGCAUUCUGGUGCUGAACGGAGUGACUCACCUCAGUAACGAACCACCACAAUAUGCUAUGGUCAACAUCACAACAAACCAGGCAGCUCCCUCUCAGGUGAUUGCAGUACGACAAGAGAAUACCAGUCAAAACAGCAUCACCCUCCACUGGCACGAACCAAACCAACCCAACGGUGUUAUACUGGAGUAUGACAUCAAAUACCAUGAAAAGGAUAAGGAACAGCAGAGUUACUCUACCCUGAAGUCAAAGAGCACCAGUGCCACGGUGUCAGGCCUAAAGCCAGGCACCAGUUAUAUCUUCCAGGUGAGGGCAAGAACCUCGGCUGGCUGCGGGCGUUUCAGCCAAUCAGUGGAGAUUCAGACAGGCAAAGCAGUUCCCCUGAGGUACAACACCAUGACAAUUAUCUGGAUCUGUAUGGUGCUGGUCACAGGCCUGGUGACCUUUCUGGCUAUUGUCAUCUGCAGAAAACGACACUGUGGUUACAGCAAAGCCUUCCAGGACUCAGAUGAGGAGAAGAUGCACUACCAAAAUGGUCAUGUAUCAUUCCCUGAAGCUCGGUUUUAUAUUGAUCCCCACACAUAUGAAGACCCAUGCCAGGCUGUGCAUGAGUUUGCCAGAGAAAUUGAAGCUUCCAGGAUCAAAAUUGAAAAAAUCAUUGGCUCAGGCGAGUUUGGAGAGGUUUGCUAUGGGCGUUUGAGGCUUCCCGGGAAAAGAGACAUCCCAGUGGCGCUGAAGACGCUGAAAGCUGGUUACAGUGAGAAACAGCGUCGUGACUUCCUCAGCGAAGCCAGCAUCAUGGCACAGUUUGACCAUCCAAACGUCAUUCGUCUGGAGGGUGUUGUUACACGCAGUAAACCGGUAAUGAUUAUCACAGAGUACAUGGAGAAUGGAUCUUUGGAUUCUUUCUUGAGGAGACACGACGGUCAGUUCACCAUUAUUCAGCUAGUUGGAAUUCUUCGAGGCAUUGCAGCUGGCAUGACUUAUCUAGCUGACCUUGGAUACAUUCAUCGAGACCUGGCAGCUCGCAACAUUCUGGUCAACAGUAAUCUGGUUUGCAAGGUCUCUGACUUUGGACUCUCGCGGGUACUUGAGGAUGAUCCAGAUGCAGCCUACACCACAAGUGGAGGAAAAAUCCCAAUUCGCUGGACAGCUCCUGAGGCCAUAGCAUAUCGCAAGUUCUCCUCCUCCAGUGAUGUAUGGAGUUACGGUGUUGUCAUGUGGGAAGUCAUGUCCUAUGGAGAGCGGCCGUACUGGAACCUCACCAACAGAGAUGUGAUAAAGUCGGUGGAGGAGGGGUACAGGCUACCAGCACCUAUGGGCUGUCCAGGAGCACUGCACACCUUAAUGCUAGACUGCUGGCAGAAAGACCGGAAUGAAAGGCCUAAAUUCUGCCAGAUUGUCACCGUCUUAGAUAAGCUUAUCCGAAACCCUGAGAACCUUAAAUCAGUGGACACAUUGUGCAGGCUAAACAGUCCUUUGACGAACAGAAGCAUUCCUGAUUUCAGCAGCUGCAGAUCAGUAGAUGAGUGGUUGGACACCAUUAAAAUGGGUCGUUACAAAGACCACUUUGCUGCUGGAGGGUUUUUGACACUGGGACACGUGAUGGGGAUGAAUCAACAAGACAUCCAGAAGCUGGGGGUGACACUCAUGGGUCAUCAGAAGAAGAUCAUGACCAGUGUGCAGUUGAUGCGAGCCCAAGUGCUUAACAGGAGUGUGCCCUCAGUGCACAUAUAA